UCGGGCGGCGGCACUGGACGUCGUACCGUCAUGCUCGGAACCCCAGCGAGUGUUUGAGUGAUCGUGAGUUAACUGCCCGGCUCGCCUAGCGCGAAGAUGGGACUCUACCUGCUGCUGGCCAGCGUGCUACUAGUAGAGACGUCCGCACAAUACGACAGGUUAUAUGGCCAGGAUCAACGGGGCUUUCCUCCACCAAAGGGUGUCGGCCUUUACAACAGGCAACCUUACGAGAACAACAGGCAACCUUACGACAACAGGCAACCUUACGACAACAGGCAACCUUACGACAACAGGCAACCUUACGACAACAACAGGCAGCCUUAUGAGAAGAAACAGGAUCCUUUUGAGGAAGCGGAGACUUACGGGUCUGUACAAGCCCCUCCUGGCCCAAGCUACACGAGUUACGACCCCGGAAACUUUGCCAAGUUCGACCAGCGAGGAGAUAAAGCAAACUGUAUACCAAAAUGUUUCGCUGAGAAGGGAAACAGGGGAUCUCCUGGAUCACCAGGGCUUCCGGGACCCCAGGGACAACAGGGAUUUCCAGGAAUGGAAGGUCUUCCAGGUCCUGCAGGAGCAAAAGGGGACACAGGAUUUCCAGGACCUCGGGGACCUAAGGGAGACCGGGGAAAAAUAGGAGCUCCUGGAUUUCCUGGAAUUAACGGCAUUCCGGGACAGUUGGGUCCACCUGGAUUUCCUGGAAUUCCGGGUUUGGAUGGCUGUAAUGGAACUGAUGGACUUCCAGGACAACCAGGCCAGCCUGGUGCUCCAGGACCACGGGGAUACCCAGGGAUUGACGGUGCCAAAGGAGACAGGGGACUGCCAGCCUACGGAGGAGUUUAUCCCAAGGGGCAGAAGGGAGAGCCAGGGUUCCAAGGAGUUGAAGGUCCAAGAGGAAUUACAGGAGAACCCGGACUCGUAGGUCCUGCAGGAUACAAAGGAGACACCGGACAGAAGGGUCAACCAGGUUUUCCAGGACAAAAGGGGCAGAAGGGAAGUAUGGGAGUUGCGUUUGAGUGUGAGAAGGGCUCCAAGGGGGAGAAAGGUUUGGUGGGACCACCAGGCCGGCCGGCACCUGCGGACUUCCGACAAACUGACGACAAAACUGUGGGACCCAUCGGAGACCCUGGGAUCAUGGGAGAUAAGGGUGACACAGGACCUGCUGGUCCUAAAGGAGAGCCCGGACCAAUGGGAGAUCCUGGACUUCCAGGAGUGUUGGGAAUGAAGGGAGAGAAAGGACUUCCUGGACCACCUGGACCUAGAGGCAGAGAUGGAUAUCAAGGAGGACCAGGUCCUGUUGGGCAGAAAGGAGAUUUGGGACAAGAAGGCCUUUCAGGGCUUCCUGGGAAAGACGGGUUGAAGGGAGAACCCGGAAGAGACGGGGCUCCAGGACCUCCUGGACUGAGGGGUCCUCAAGGACCUCCUGGGGGUGGUAAAGGACAACCUGGACCCAGGGGUGAUACUGGACCUAGAGGGUACCCUGGACUCCCAGGACCUAAGGGACUUGAUGGAUACAAUGGUCCUCCGGGUGAGAGAGGUCCUCCAGGACAACCCGGAGGUCCAGGAAUACCCGGAACACCCGGACCUGAAGGCUUCCCUGGACCAAAAGGACAGAAAGGAGAAGCUGGUCUACCAGGAUUCCCUGGUACCCCAGGCAAUAUUGGAUUUCAAGGACCUCCAGGUCCUGAAGGGGAGAGGGGAUUCCCUGGAGAAAAGGGGCUUUCAAUAGUGGGGCCAAAAGGAGCAGAUGGUCUUCCUGGCAGGGAUGGAGAUAAGGGGCAGAAAGGAGAGCCAGGAUAUCCGGGAGCCCGAGGUGCUCCGGGAGACUCCCUAAACGGCAUUCCCGGAGCUCAAGGUCCUAGGGGAGAAAAGGGAGAGAGAGGAUUUGAUGGAACACCCGGACAGCCAGGAAUUCCAGGUAGUGAUGGGGAGAAGGGAGAUAUUGGAGGAAGGUGCAUUGACUGUGCCCAGGGAAGGAAGGGGGAGAAGGGGCUACCAGGAAGAGACGGGACUGCUGGAAGAGAGGGACUCCAAGGUCCUCCAGGAGAGAGAGGAUAUCCCGGACUGCAAGGAGAUAGCGGACUUCCUGGACCACCUGGUUCCCCAGGAGAACCUGGUGAUGAUGGAAUCCCUGGACAACCAGGUCCCCAAGGAGAGAGGGGACGAGACGCUUUUGUUCCAGAUUCUUUUAGGAUCACAAUGAAGGGAGAUCAAGGACCUAGAGGAGACGCAGGACUUCCAGGAAUUAAGGGUGAUAAAGGAGUUCAAGGACCCCCAGGAAAUCCUGGUCUUCCGGGCUUCUCAGGAGAGAGAGGAGACAAGGGAGAUAAGGGAUACGCGGGAAUUGCUGGAGUCCCAGGAAGAGAUGGAACUCCAGGACUACCUGGAGAGAAGGGAGUAAGUGUAAAAGGAGAAAGAGGAAACCCUGGAACCCCGGGAAGACCUGGUACCAAGGGAGAACCCGGAUUAGUUGGAGACAAGGGAAUUCCAGGACAUUGCGCCCCGUUGGAUUUAUCUAAAGGAUUGAAGGGAGAACGAGGACCCCCGGGACCCAAAGGUGAACCUGGACCCCCAGGAUAUGAUGGCCUUACUGGAGACAAGGGCAACACAGGACCUGCGGGUUUGAACGGGUUACCAGGACCGCCAGGACCUCCAGGAAAUGUAGGAGCCAGAGGUUUGGCUGGUCCUAGAGGUCUUAAGGGUGAAAUGGGACCAAUGGGCUUUGUAGGGGAACCAGGACAACCCGGACCAAGAGGACCACCUGGAGACUUUGGCAGGAAGGGCGACAAAGGAGAGUCAGGAAUACCAGGAGUUGGUCCCAGAGGACCUCCAGGAGCACCGGGAUAUACGGGAGAAAAGGGACUUCCCGGACCAGCUGGGAAAUAUGGUAGUCCAGGAGAACCAGGAAGACCAGGAUUCCCAGGUGAAAAAGGAGAUAUGGGAGAACCUGGACUAAACGGACUUCCAGGAGCAGUUGGACUAAAGGGUGAUUCUGGUCCUGUAGGACCUACGGGUCCUCCAGGAUUUGAUGGAAUGCCAGGAAGUAAAGGAGAUCAAGGUAUUCCGGGAUUGGUUGGAGAGGCAGGACGACCUGGACUUCUUGGUUACCCAGGACCAAAAGGAGAAAGAGGCAUCCCAGGAGCAGACGGGCAAAAGGGAUUCCAAGGACCUAGAGGACUAUCAGGUGAACCUGGAAUACCAGGAAUGGAUGGAAUACCAGGGGAAAAAGGAGACAAAGGAAGUCCAGGAGUGAUGGGAUUCACAGGACCUCCAGGUCCGGAUGGACCUCUGGGACCGCCAGGUCCUGUGGGGGAGAAGGGAGACAGGGGAUUCCCAGGACCUCCGGGACCUCCUGGACCUAUAGGACCUCUGGGUAUCAAGGGAAAUACUGGACCUCCCGGACUCAUGGGUCCCAAGGGUACACCUGGACAGGCAUCAGAGAAGGGACAGAAAGGAGAUCCAGGAAUGCCGGGAUUGAGGGGUCCCACUGGACCUCAAGGCAAAGACGGAAUUCCAGGAGGCAAGGGAGAGGCUGGACUUCCAGGAUUUGGCAGGCCAGGACAGCAAGGAGAAAAGGGAGAGAUAGGAUUAGCCGGGUUGCCCGGAAGAGACGGAAAUCCAGGAUUCAAGGGAGAGCCUGGCUUACCAGGGUAUCCCGGUGAUAAGGGAGACAGAGGACUUUCUGGAUCACCCGGAUCACUUGGAACACCUGGAAUGGACGGAAUACCCGGAGCUCAAGGAGAAGUAGGACCCCCAGGUCCAGCAGGAUAUCCCGGAUCGAAGGGAGACAAGGGAUUACCAGGAGUGCCAGGAUUCAACGGACCAAAGGGAGACAAAGGGUUAAUAGGAGGGCCAGGAGUGAUUGGUUACCCAGGACAGAGAGGAGAUAAGGGUGACCAAGGACCUCCAGGACCCGUGGUGGAGGUGAAGGGAGACAAAGGAGAACCCGGAGUUCCAGGAUUGCAGGGAUACAGCGGAUUGAAGGGAGAUCGCGGAUUGGACGGACUACCAGGAGAAAAAGGACUGAAGGGCGACCGAGGAUUCCCUGGUCCACCAGGCAUUCAGGGAAGUCCUGGCAAUGAUGGACCCAAAGGAGUGGGAGGACCUCCCGGACCCCCAGGACCUCAAGGAUUGAUCCAGAAGGGAGAAAAAGGACUUCCUGGUCUGAUCUGCAAGCCAGGAAGAGCUGGAAUCCCGGGAACACCAGGACAAAAGGGAGAACCAGGUUUCCCUGGUCUUCCAGGAAAACAAGGUCCAGUCGGCCCAGCAGGAUCCCUAGGUCCCGUGGGAGAGAAGGGAGACAGAGGAUUCCCGGGAGUGCCAGGACCUCCAGGAGCCAAUGGACCACCAGGAUUCCCAGGAAAGGAAGGACAACCCGGAUAUCCAGGAGCUAAGGGAGAGCCAGGCAGACCAGCUGCAUUGGGAGCUCCUGGAGAGAAGGGAAAUCAGGGAUUGCCAGGUCCCAAGGGUCUACAAGGAUAUCAAGGACCUAAGGGUGACAAAGGACAGGAUGGACUGCCUGGAUACGCUGGAGCACCAGGAAAACCGGGAGAACCUGGACUUAUAGGAAGAGAAGGAGCACCGGGAAAACCAGGCUUUGACGGAAUGAAGGGUGACAAGGGAGAGCCAGGAUUCCGGCCUCCUCCUGGACCAAAGGGAGACAAAGGACUUCCUGGAAUGCCAGGAACCCCAGGUUUGCCUGGUCCUCAAGGCAGAGACGGACUUCCAGGAAUAGAAGGAAUGAAGGGAGAGAGAGGAUUCCCUGGGCAACCCGGACCUCCUGGACCCGAAGGACCGACUGGAGUUAGGGGAGACAGAGGCUUUGAUGGACAACCUGGUCUUGCGGGUACUCCGGGACAACCUGGACUUCCUGGAGUUCCAGGAGCACCAUGUCUGGAUGAAGGGGACUACAUGACCGGAAUACUCCUGGUGAAACACUCGCAGAACGACAUGGUUCCAGAAUGUUACCCCGGACACCACAAGCUAUGGGACGGAUACAGUUUGUUGUACAUAGAAGGAAAUGAGAAGGCUCACAACCAGGACUUAGGUUUUGCUGGCUCUUGUAUACGGAAGUUCUCAACAAUGCCGUUCUUAUUCUGUGAUUUCAACAACGUCUGCAACUACGCCAGCAGAAAUGACAAGUCUUACUGGCUCAGCACGAACUCACCAAUACCCAUGAUGCCUGUAGAAGAAUCUCAGAUCCGAGAAUACAUCUCCAGAUGUGUGGUGUGUGAGGCGCCUUCGAAUGUGAUAGCAGUGCACAGUCAGUCCGUCAACGUACCAGACUGUCCCGCGGGAUGGGAUGGAUUGUGGAUCGGAUACAGCUUUGUUAUGCACACGGCGGCUGGCGCAGAGGGAGGAGGUCAAUCACUCGCUAGUCCAGGCUCGUGUUUGGAAGACUUCCGUGCGACACCGUUUAUAGAGUGCAACGGCGCAAGAGGUAGCUGCCAUUACUUUGCCAACAAACUGAGCUUCUGGCUGGCGACGAUCGAAGAGACAGACCAGUUUGUGACGCCGCGCAAACAAACGCUCAAGAAGGGCAACUUGCUGCAAAGAGUCAGUAGGUGCCAAGUGUGCAUCAAAACCACCUAGUCCGGUAGAAUUGUUAACCACAGGCUAAGAGCCACAAGUUCCAGGUGCUACCAAGUCUUGUAUAGGUAUCUUCUUCCACUGCCAUAUUUUGUAUGAUAAACUUUAACUAUUGUGUAUGUAUUUAAUUUUAAUAAUAGAAUAUUGUGAUUGUGUUUUAAAUAUAAGUUCGCUACUGCUUUUUGUAAAACGUCAGACGUAACUAGUUAGUUAUUUGUACCGUUAUUUUGUAAAUAACAAUAAGUUAAUUCCUUUUAUUUUGUUACUCAAUACUUUUAAUUGUUUAUUGAUAUGUUGAAAGCCAUAGGUCCUAUAAGUGACAUUUAUAGAAUAUAACUAAUGUAACAAAGUGUUCAGUUGUGUACAUAGAUAACUUUAGUCAAUUUACUUUAGUGACAACGAUUAUCAAAUGAAUUUUACUCUUUUCGUAACCGGAGUGAAGCAAAAUUUAUUUUUUGAUUGAUCACUUUUGUAGGAGUUAAAUGCAAUAAUUUGGAAUGCCUGUUUGUACUGUAUGUCUGUAUAUGAAUGAAUGGCUAGGAUGUAUAGAAAUGUUAUUUACAUAAGAGUUAUAUUAAGUCAAAUAACUUAUUCUUACAAAAUACAGUGUGUGUAAAUCUA